AUGCCAGAUGUCUACUCGAUUCACCGUGAUAUCGAUCUCUGGGGACCUGAAGAUGUUGAUCUAUUUAUUCCCGAACGUCAUUCCGUUAAACGUGAUCCUGCACCCUUUGUAGCAUUUGGCAUUGGACCUAGAAACUGUGUGGGAAUGAGAUUUGCUUUGAUGGAAUUAAAACUGUGUUUGACUCAUUUGUUAUAUACAUAUAAUAUUCUACUAGGUGAAAAGCUCAAUCAAGGCAUGACGCUACGAGAAGGAAAUGUUAUUACACCAGAGGCCAUCUAUGUUAAACUUGAAAAACGAUUGAAAUAA